AUGCGUCCGGGCUUCGCGUUUGAGCGGCGUAUGCUCGACAUGGACUGGCGUCUCGUCGAAGCAUUCAACUUGAACGAAAUUGACACAGCAUUGCUCCAGGAGAUGGUGCCGUCGUUGACGUAUGCGCUGGUGACGGAGGCAGCGUGCACCUCGCCACAUUUAUCGUGCAAACUCAUUCGUAUCUUGCAGUUGGUGGUGGAGACUUUCAUCGAGUGCAGAAAAGGAGAUGCGUACGACAUGCACGUGCUGCAAGAGGACUUGAUUACCAUCUCGAACGAACGUGAUACGUUUCGGACAAAACUCAAGGAAACCAAGUCAGAGAUGAAGGCAGUCAAGGCCCAGCUCGCACGCUGCACAACGCUGCUCAAAAGCUGCAGCCAAGUUUUACAUGCCCAGGGGUGUUCUCCACAUACCAUCGCUGCAGUCGAAGCCAUGUUCGCAGCCUCAGAGGCCAAGCUGACGUCCCAUCCAUCUGACACGACAAUGCCCAAGGUCGCACAUCUCUGUGCCUUUUGCGGCAAAGCAUUUGGGACCCAGGACUACUUGCUCAAGCAUAUUGACAGACGCCAUGCCAACUUGCCAGAGGGAGGUGAUCCGACAAAGUCAAGUCCCCAGCGCUCGAACUACCAAGCAGCCGAGACUGGUUUGGUGACGAAGCUUGAACUACUUCUUGCGCAACACGAAGUGCACAUGAAGCAAGUUGUUGUCGAAAACGCAGACACUUUCAAAGUGCUUCAAAACGAGCUGGCCGUCGAGCGGGGUGUGGCGAACGAACUCAAGCUUGCGCGAUCAGACUUACAAUGGCGAGUCGAAGAGACACAGCGACAGGUGGUGGCAUGUCGAACUGAAAGGGACGAGGCCAUUAAUCGAGUAAAGCUAUUGCAAGAUCAAGUCUAUCAAUUAGAAACCAAGUGCCACCAGCUCGAGAUGGUUCGAACAACUGCAGGGCCACCGACGACGGAUGACCCAGCCACGAUACGAACCAUCCAGCGGCUCGAGGUGGCGCUAGAGCAUGCAAAGGAAGCGCUAGCCAUCGCGAGGGCAGAUAUGAAGGCUCAGCACGACCAGUAUACAGCGUUGCUCGUCGCACACGAACGAAUCAAGCACGACAUUGCCACUACCACCAGCACAGUGCCCGUGAACCAUGCUAAGCCCGCUAUGAACGACGUGGUCCAACUCGAGGAGCCAGCCCCUAUCUCCAAACCCGCACACGUACCGGCGGAACUGGUCGAAACGUUUAUCGAGGAUGCGAUCGACUUGAUAUUCCAGAGAGCAGAGAGAGCAUGUGCAAGUCCUCGCGGCACUCGGGUGUCAGCAGCAGUGCCACUUGCUCGGCGGCCAUUCUUGACCAGUGUCUGGCCCCACGACGACGCCUCCGUGAACGACGCAAUCACGGCCCAUCUCAAGAAGCUCCAUGACGCCACGGCGCGAUUCAGUGGUCAAGGUCACUCUACUUCUCUGACGGAUACCCAGCAUGAUGCGGCGAUUUCGGCGUACACGAGCCAUUUGCACGUGUUGCCCGUGGCUGUGCUCGAGCGCAUGGUCGACAUGGAUGGCAAAGUCCAAGCGCUGUUGGAGGCUCAGUGGGUUCCGUCGGAACAGCACCGCAGCAAUAUGUUGCAAUCCAUCCAAGCACGUAUUGAACGACGGGAAGGGCUUCAAAACGAAUGGAUAUCACGCAUUUUGAAGCACAAACACACCACUGACACGCGUACCAAGCCCACCGGCCCCUCCAGCGACCCUGCCAGCACACUCGCGCAGUCACGUGCUCCACUUGCAUCAAAACUAACAACAAUCACAACACCUCCACUGGGUGCUGAAGCUUCACCACUUUGUGAACAACCUGCAAAGACGAGUCCACAAGUAGCAGGAACCCAAUUUGUUUCAUUCCCAGAAACUCUCUCCACACCAUCGACACCAGUCGCUACGGCAAACCAAACACAGUGUCAUGCGAUGAUCUCUGGGACACGAAAAGACCACCGCGCCAGGGCUCAGAAGGAGCCAGACGACCAGGCGACGCCUCCCUCGUCCCCUCAGCCGCCUACAAGUCGCUUCGAGCGAGUGAUUGUCGAUGACGCGUCGCGGCCACAAGCAGCGCAGCAAAGACAUGACGCUCUCCAUGAAAAACCAGAACCGAUUUUACCACUUGGCCAUGACAGGGAUGGUGGUAAUCGAUCCAUCGAGUUGGACCAAGGGGACAGCUCGUCUUUGGUCAUACCAUCUCGAAAUCGCCACGACGUAUCGGUCGAAUUCACGACCCGGAACCGUAUCAUGGUGGUCGGAGGGACGAGCGACGACAGUAUCGUAGUGCCUGUACCUACCGCCAUCGACGUCGAUGCCGACGGCGCACGUGAGGUGUGUGCAGCAACCUUGGCGUCCAUGUCGAACCGUCAUGGCGGUCGCCCUUCCACCGAAAGCGCAGCGCUGGACUGUGCUCCACCAACGAUUGUUGCACCAGUUCCAUCUUCCCCAGAACACACCACGAUGCGAUUCGACGCACCGGCCGUCGAGGAACCAAAGAUGCCACUCGAAAACGAAGACGUGGCUCCCGAACACGGGGAAGAUCUUGUCGCUGCGUCGGCGCCCGACAUCACGACCACCCAAAGCACAUCCACGGAUAACGCCGUCCACGUUCGCCCGCUUCCCGCCACGACGCCACUCGACUCGGGCACGCAACUUUUGUCCAUGUCUGCUUCGUUGGAUGCGUCCGUGAAUCCGUACCCCCAACUCAACCACAUUGACGAAGUCCCGACGACAUCGUCCGUGGAAAACAUCAUGGAAAAGGUCGAUGAGAGCAGUCGCAUCGUAUCGUCGAGCGCAGACGACGUGGUUGCGCCGAUUCAAAAUAUGCCCCAGAGCAGUGGCCACGUGCAGGACGCAGAGGCGACGACAAUCACGUCCCCCGCGUUCUCGUCACGAAUGAAGUUUGGCGCGGCGUCCGGGUGCAUUCGGCGCGACCGCUACGAAGUGAAUGACGCGAGAGGUCCCUUCACGCGUCGAUCCAGCGACGAUGCUUUCGUAUUUGGCCGAACGGACCACGAUGCACCGCUUGGCAUCGCGACGCCAUCCAUUCCAUCCCCAGCGCCUGUUGUUCCCGAAGGAACCAACAGGCAGCACUCGAUUGCCAAUCAUGGCAACGACUUUGACGACAUAGACGAAGAAUUUAUCACGUAA